UAUAGACAAAACGACGUAGUUUGGGCACGACUUCAUUUGUAAUAUUCUAAACCCUUUAAGCCCCUUUGCCUCGUCUCAUCUAUUCUCUUCGAUCUUCACAGCUUCUCCGCCGUGAAUCGUCGCCUCUCCGCCGCGAUUCUUCACUUUUCAUCGAUUCAGAUUUUGUAAGGGGAGAGGAGAAGUAAAAGAGGAAUAUUGAUCAACUUUAAGCUAUGGCUUCUUCUUUGACCGAUAAUGCUGCCCCGGAAGAAACACAGGAAGUUUUGGUGGAGUUUCGUGCUGGUAAAAUGAAUUUUGAAGGGACCAAAGUUGUCCCUGAUACCCGUAAAGGACUUGUUCGCAUUACAAGGGGUGGGGAGGGAUUGCUCCAUUUUCAAUGGCUUGAUCGAACUCUAAACGCUGUUGAAGAUGAUCAGAUUAUUUUCCCUGAUGAAGCCGUUUUUGAGAAGGUUAAUCAAUCAUCAGGAAGAGUUUAUAUAUUGAAGUUCAAUACAGACGACCGGAAAUUCAUCUUCUGGAUGCAGGAGCCUAGUGCUGAAGGUGACUCUGAGCUGUGCAGCUCUGUAAAUUACUACAUCAAUAGACCUUUAGACUUCCUUAGUGAAGAAGAACCUGAUGCUUCUGUUCCACUACAAGUUUCUGAAGAUAUGAUGGACGACGAUAUGUCAUCAAGAGCUGGAAACUUGAUUGUCCCAAACUUGGGUGCCGAUGUAUCUAGUGAUGUUUCCUCAUCAUCCGGUCCAGUUAAAUUAGAAGAUUUGCAAAGGAUUUUGAGUAACAUUGGACCUGCAGCUGCAGAUGUUGCUGGAGACCCUGAUGGAGGCUUGGGACUUGAUGAUAUAUUGAAGCCUGAUUUGAUAAUGCCAUUGAUAGAGACAUUGCCGUUAGAACAACAUUUAGCAUCUUACUUACCAGAGGGCCAGUGGUCACCAGAGGAUAUAUUGGAGUUGUUGCAGAGCCCGCCUUUCCGACAACAAGUAGAUUCAUUUACAUAUGUACUUCGAACUGGACAGAUAGACUUGACUCAGUUUGGUAUUGACCCAACUAACUUCAAAUUUACAGUGCUGUCCUUUCUGGAGGUGCUGGAGGAUUCUGUGUCAAAGACAUCGGAAACAAGACAAGAUGAGAAGGAUUUGAGAUCUCAGUCUUGUAACCGAAAUGAACCGAUGGACGAGUCGUAGUUAUAUAGUAUUAGUGUUGAUUGUCACUUUCAUGGGAGAAAGAAACUCCAUCAUCGAAUCCCAGUUGCUCAAUUGUCCUUUGUUGAUUUUGGACUUUAUUUUUUUUUUGUAUCUUUGAGGGUAUUUUACAUUAAUUAUAUUCCAAGAGAAGAAGGGAGAAAAAAGCAUUGAUGUUUUAUGUUUAAACAUUUUUAAUAUUUUGUAUACAUAAAAGACCAACCAAUAAAUUUAAAGCUUUUGAUUGGUUUC